ACAAAGCCACCACUAGCACCGAAACCAAAGAUUAUUGGUCAUCUUUCUCCAGUAACUGUCUCCAAAUUUUCUCCUUCACUGCCAAGGGCUGAUAUUCUUCAUAACCCAAACUCUAUGUUGAGGGGUCCCAAACCACCUAUUGCUCCCAAGCCAAAAUUCUCAGCUGACACUGAGGGCAAAUCAGGUGUUUAUACCAACAAUAACUUAAAUAAACGCUCAAAUGCAAACCUGGUAUGUCUUGAUGGAGAGCUGUAUGAAGGAAACCAAUGCAAUGCUGAUUGCCCAGAAUCUGAGGCAGAUAAUGAAUACAUUGUAGUUCCUGAAGCUCAGCUGACCAGCAAAGUCUGUAAUGACUUGGAACAUGAGCGUGAUCAGAACCUAGAUUCCUCUCCGGAGAAUGAAGUCUUGGGAACUCCAGAAGAGGCAGAGAAGGAAGAGAAUAACAUUGCUAACGAUGAGGAUACCAGUGAUCGAGAAGUCACUGAAGAUGAGAACCAUAACUCUUCAGAUAUUGCUGAACCAAUGGAACCACACUCUGAAGAGUCAACCAGAGACUGUGACCAGUCUGAAGCACUUUGUGUGGAGCCCUCAAAUGCCCCUGCUGGGGAUAGUGAUGCUUCCAAAAAUGUAGAUGAGGAAGAGGAAGAUGAAGGUAAUUGUAGUGAAACCAAAAACAAGGAGGAAACUUCUAACAACCUGGAACUGGUUAAGGACAACAGUGAUUUUAAGACUGACACUGAUAAUAUUUUAAGUAGGCAUGAGGAACAAAUGGGUGAUAUGCAUAAAGAUACCACUGUAAUGCCACUACCUGCAGAUCAAUCAAUCCCAAGUUGUGAGAAGGCAGGACAGGAGGAGGAGGAACUGCUGGAGAUUUUAGAAAAGGGAGAUGGGUGUCUAGCACAUGAUGGUGACCACCACAGUGCACAUGCAAAGCUUGAUUUGAACACAGAAGGGGAGUUAGAAAAUGAUGGCUGUGCAAGCCCCAACAUGCUGCCAGAUGAGGCCAAUGAAGAAAUUGCUCCUGGCUUAGAACCAUGUAAAGAUGAACCCAGUGCUGAGGGUGGUUUAGGAGAGUCCAUCCAUCAAACGGUAGCUGAAGAGGAGGAAGCAGACCCAAAUGAGCACAAUAAUACAAACACAGGAAAUGCCAGUGUUGGCUGCCAAAUCACUGAGAGGAGAGGUGAGAAGACAUUAGAGGUAGCCUGUGAAGCAAGCAAAGACUGUGGGAAAGGAGAAGAAGAAACUGUGAAUGCAGAGAGUAUGGAUGAUAGCUGUCAAAUUGCUCUGUGUGAAAAUGAAUGUGAUGAGGAAAUACCUAUGGAACAUUCAGAGGAGAAUCUUCAAACAGAAGGGACCUCACUGGCUGAAGAUGGUGUGAUCUCUGAAAGUCUACCUACUAAUCCAGGGAUGGGGCCAGAGUUGGAAAAUGUGACUGUUGAAGAGCAUGGUGAAUGUAUGGUGGAAACCUCUAAGUCAGAUAAGCUGCAACUUGAAGACAAUGAGGUGGAAGCAAACAGCCUCAGCCAAAGUGUCCCAAGUCCAUCUCAACUGAUACUACUUGAGGAAGACUUAGAAGUCUGUAAGCAUGGCGAAAUGAACAUAGAAUGUGGGGCCAGACGUGUCUUGCAUGAAAAUCUAGCAGUCCCUGAAGUGGUGAUUGUGCCUGAAGAAUCAGAGGAAAAAGAAACGAGCAGUGAUUCCCUAGAUGACCCUUAUGUGCUUCCCACGGAAAAUGAAAUUGCUUAUGAUGGGCAGGCUGAUUUAGGAGCUGAUCACAAUAAACGGGACGAAUUAGGCACGGAUGGUGAAAACAACUUGCUGCCCAUUGAUCGUAAAAGCAUUGUCACUAGAACACGGUCGCUCUCUGGGAAAAUGCCAGGCUAUGUCCCAGAAACAGUUCCAGAAGAAAAUGGACCUGAAACUGAUUUGCCAUCUUCCCACAAUGGCCCUGGGACAGAUUUAAGCAAUAGCUUUUUUUCAGUGGAAGGGAAACCAGUGGAAGCCAACAGAGCAUUACCAACGAAGUCAAGACGUUUCCUUUUAUAUCCUCGAUCUUACUCUGUUGAGGGGAGAGAGAUACCUGUCUCUGUUUACAGAGAAAGUGAUGGCUGUGUACUGGACGAUGGUAGAAUAAAAAGGACAGAAGACAACUUGUCGUUGCCUUGUGUCAAUGGUUCCUCAGGUAGUUUUUCACAGAGAAAUCAUCCUUCGUCAUGUGGCAUAUCUCCUCCAUCCUCAGUUGUGGAUAUACCACCUCCUUUUGAACUUGCCUACAUCACCAAAAAGCCAAUUACUAAAAGUUCCCCUUCACUUUUGAUAGAGAAUGAUUCACCUGAUAAGUAUUCCAAGAAAAAGAAAUCUUCCUUUAAGAGGUUCCUCACUCUAAAGUUCAAGAAAAAAGCUGAAAGUAAAGUCCAUGUAGAUGUUAAUGUUUCCUCUUCAAGGUCCUCAUCAGAGUCCAGCUAUCAUGGACCUCCAAGGCUGAUGGAGCUGGACAGGAGAAGCCUAAGUAGCUCACCUCAACUAAAAUCACAUGUGGGGAAGCUCCGUGCAUCUGAGUCUCCCUCAGCUGUUCUUUUCUAUAAGGAUAGUAAAAGAAAAGGAACACCCAAGUCCUUCAUUCCUGCUAUGAGCUCCGACUAUGAAAACAUACAAAUUCCUCCUCGAAGAUCCAUCAGAGCAGGAACUUUUACUGAAUUUUUUGAAGAUCCCAGCAGGGCAGUAUCUGCUGCUAAUGAGAAUGACGGCUAUGUGGAUAUGAGCAGCUUCACUGGCUUUGAGAACAAGCAGCAGAUCACAGACCAGGAAACAGAAAGUGCCUACACGGAGCCCUACAAGGUGUGCCCAGUCUCUGUCAUACCGAUGGAGGUUGUCACAUCAGAUGAGGAACAGAAGAGUUCAGAAGAUGAGGAGAGCAGCCCUGGUGAUCCCAGCCUCAUCAACAAGAAAGAAGGCCAGUCCAGAGCUUACCUCAUUGCCCAGGAGCUGAUGUCUUCAGAAAAAGCAUAUGUGGAGAUGCUCCAGCUGUUAUAUAUGGAUUUCUAUGAAGGUAUCUUGAAAGUGCUUGAAGGAGGAGAUGAAAAUGAACAGGAAGAAGUUAAACUCAAGCAGGGCUUAAGUGAACUUCCUGAAAUAUAUGAAUUACACCAAGACAUCCUGGGAGAACUGGAAGAAAGAGUCCUUAAAUGGGAGGAACACCAGAAAGUUGCUGAUGUUUUUCUCUCCAGAAAAUCAAGGCUGAAUUGCCACACAGCAUACAUUAUGCAGUUUGAUAGGAAUUUGGCUUUGCUAGAUGAAACCUGCCUUAAAUAUUCCCAACUGGCUGCCAUAAUUCAGGAGUUUGAGCAGAGCUCUGGUGACAGUCCUCGGAGUGUGAAGCACCAGCUUUUGAAAGUGGUGCAGCGUGUCUUCCAGUAUCGUGUUCUGCUCACAGAUUACUUGAAUAAUCUUUGCCCUGAUUCUACAGAGUAUGAAGCCACACAAGCUGCCUUAUUCAUCAUUUCUGAAAUCACAGACCGAGCCAAUGACAGCAUGCUCCAAGCGGAAAACUUGCAGAAGCUGGUACACAUUGAGCACAGCGUGAGAGGGCAGAGCGGUCUCCUCCAGCCAAGAAGGAUCUUUGUUAAAGAGGGAACUCUGAUGAAAGUCUCUGGCAAACACAGACACCCUCGGCACUUGUUCUUGAUGAAUGAUGUCCUGCUGUACACAUAUCCCCAGAAGGAUGGCAAAUACCGACUGAAAAACACCUUUGCUGUGUCAGGCAUGAAGGUCAGCCGCCCAAUGACAGAAAAAGCCCAAAAUGUCCUGAAGAUUGAAUGUGAUGAAUACUGCCUGACCCUGUCCGCAAGCUCUUGCUCGGAAAGGGAUGACUGGUACAGCUGCAUCAGCAGACACAUCCCAGAUGACUACAAAGCUCACAACACUUCCACUUUUCACAGCAGCGUGGAGCUAAGGGAAAGGCUUGGAAUACCCUUGGGUGAGAGGCCUCCCACUCUGGUACCUGUAUCCCAUGUCAUGAUGUGCAUGAACUGUGGCUGUGACUUUACCCUCACUUUGAGACGACAUCAUUGCCAUGCAUGUGGGAAGAUUGUAUGUCGAAAUUGUUCAAGAAACAAGUACCCUAUGAAGUACCUCAAAGAUCAAGCAGCCAAAGUCUGUGAUAGCUGCUAUGUGGAACUUAAGAAAAGAGAGCGGCCACUAAGUGUGAGCUUCCCUCCAACUUCAUCCAAGUGUUCAAGCAGUGCCUUCUCCUCUGUCUUCCACAAUAUUCAUUAUUCAUCUUUUAAGAAACAGAAGAAAAUCCCUUCGGCUCUUAUGGAGGUGGCAGCCUCAGGAGAGGGAGCUACCAUCAGCGGUUACCUCAGCAGAUCUAAGAGAGGCAAAAGACACUGGAAGAAACGCUGGUUUGUUAUCAAAGGCAAAGUCCUCUACACCUACAUAGCAAAUGAGGACAAAGUUGCCACAGAAAGUUUGCCUUUGUUGGGUUUCACCAUCACCCCAGAAAAGGAGGAAGGAAGCAUGGAUACAGUUUUCCAUCUCUACCACAAGCACACUCUCUUUUACAGCUUCCGAGCAGAGGAUAACAAUUCAGCACAGAGGUGGAUUGAAGCCAUGGAAGAAGCAUCCAUAUUAUAG